AUGUAUAAACCCCGCAAAGGGCAUCAACAGUUUUUCUGGUUGAGCGCCUUCUUAGUUAAUAUCCUUUUGAUAUCUCUUUUGGUCGGACAAGCUAAUGCUAAAGGUUUACAAGAUUUGAUAGUUUCAUCAUAGAAAUUUAAAGAUUAAGCAACAAUAGAUAACAGGAUAGAAGAUUAAGUAUAUUAAAGAGAUCCUUCUUUGAAUUUAUAAAAUCAAAAUAAAAUAAACUUAAUUUAGACCAAGAGUAAUCCAUUUUCUAGCAGAAUAUUAAGCGAAUAGAUCGUUUCUGAUAAUAAAAUUCAAAAAGAUUAAUACUAAUAAGAAGAAUUGUCAAAUAAAAACUAAUAUUCAGAUGAAUAAAAAACAUCACCGGAUGGUGAUUAAAGUGCUGAUAAUAUCAAUUUACUAUAAAAAGAAAGCACUCCAUUAUCAAGGCUAAGAAUGAGUAUGUAAAAAUAAAAUCAAUAAAAUGACGUACUUUUGUAAACAGGUGAGAAAUUGCAAAUAGAUAUUCCUGAUGUUAUUCCUUUGACUGAAACGGCCUUUACUUUUUAAGAUAACAAAAUUAUUCAACCUGAUCAACAAUUACUUAAAACGAUAUAGUAAAAUUUAUAAUAAUAAGAAAGCUCCUCAUAGAAAAUCGAAAAUUAAUAUUAGUCUCUUUCAGAUGAAUUCGAAAAGUUAAAAUAAGAAGAAGAAUAAAAGAAGAAAAAGGAUGAUUACCUUUAGCAAUUACAUCAGUCUUUGAAUUUAGAUAAAACUGGUAACUCAUUCUAUUCGAUAGAUGAUGAUGUCAAAAAAGUAAUUAAACCCUAACUCUUAAACGAUGUUGUUUCCCAAAACAAGCAGCACGGAACUGAUAAUACUCUUAUGAGAUUGUAAGAGGAAUAAAGAAAAAGAGAAUAUGAAGCAUUCUUGAAAAAUUAGAAAUCAAUGGAAGAGGAAAAAAUAAGGGCUGAUAAGAUAAAAGAAAAGCUUAUGCUCGAAGCUCAAAAAGAAAAAGAAUAAAUAUAAGCUAGAAGAAAACAAAUUGAAGAAGAACAGUAAAGAAAGAGAGAAGAAGAGAGAAGAAUUUAGUUAGAAGAAGAAGCUUAGAGGUUAGCUGAAUAAUAAGAGCAAGAACGACUAAGAGUAGAAGCUGAAAGAUAGGCUGAAAUUGCAAAGUAAGAAGAAGCUGAGCGUGUUAGAUAACAUAUUGCAGAACUUGAAGCCUAGCAUGCUGCUGAGUUGGAAGAGGAAGAGAGACAAGAGGCCCAAAGACUUGCUGAAGAAUAAAGAAUAAAAUAAGAGGAGGAGUAAAGAGCUUAUUAGGAAUAAGAACAAUAAAGAAUUGAAGCUGAAAGAUAACAAGAGUUAAAAGUUUAGGAAUAGAUGAGACAAGAAGAGGAAGAAAGAAGAAAGAAAGAAGAAGAACUUAGAAAAUAAGAGCAGGAAGCUAUUAGACAAUAAUAAAUCGAAGAGGCUGAGUAUAAAAGAUAACAAGAGAUAUAUGAGAAAGAGCAAUAAAGGCUAGAGGAAGAGAAAAAAAGACUUGAUGAAGAACAAAAGAGAUUAGAACAAGAAGAAUAAUAGAAAGAUAACCAACUCUUCAUGACUGUUAAAAACUCUGCAUAAAAAGAAUAGUAAGUUGCUGACUCUAUUGACUAAAUUUAUUACAUAGACCCAAAUAUGUAUGAUGAAGACUCUGAAGAAUAAGAGUAGAAUUUGGAAACACAGUUUGAAAAUGAUGAAGGAGAUAAUUAUUCUAGCUAAAAUAUUAUAACUCAAGAUGCAUAACAAACUUCUUUCACAGCAAAUCAAAAUAAAUAAACUCUUGAUACCGUUAAUUAAAACACUGAUUCAUCUAAUGAGCAGUCUUUGAAAGAUAUUGAAGAUAGAAAACGUUAAUAACUUAGAGAAUAAAAGGAGUUAGCUAAAAGAGCCAAGGAAAGCUAAACCACAUUUACUUCUACAGCUAAUGAAAAUACAGGAUCAUAAAGCAAUUAAGCAUAAUAAAAUAAAAGUAAUAAUGAUACUAUUCCAUAAGAAAGUACUCAAUAGCAAGUCAUUAAGGUUUAAGACUAAAGUUAAAUUUCUAAUAACGAUGGAAAUGGUGCCUCAAAUACUGAAACAUUUGAAGUACAAAAGAAAGUUGAAAGUUCAAAUGAUGCUUCAUAAGUCUAAAAUACAUAAGAAGAUUAAAAUCAAACUAUCGAUAAUAGCUUAUAUGAUUCUGAUGAAUAUAUUACUUAAGUAGAUGAAUUUGGAAAAGAAUAUAAAUUCAAGAGAGCUAAAGAAAGAAUUCCAUUAGUGCUCCCAGGAGGAGAGACUAGCGAUAACUCUGUAAAUUACUCUUUGGCUGGUAUGAAGUUGUAGACCAAAAUAGUUUAAGAGAGUGGACACCAUUUAGAUAAAAAUUCAAUUAAAGAAUAGAGAGAAAAAGCAGAGAAAUUUUAAUUUAUUGCUUCAAAGACAAGAAGUUCUUAGGUAACUCCCAAAGGAGAUAAAAUUGAAAAUAAAGACAAUGGCUCAUCCAAUAAAUAGUUUACUAACACUCCAAUUGAUAGUUCAACACUAGCUACCAAUGUUGCUAUUCUUUGUAAUGACAAAAACAAACUCGCCUCAAAGUCUGUUUAGCAUGUUUGCGAACUUUGCGAAGUUGGAGAAGUAUUUUAGUUGACAGAUGAAAACUGGUUCAAAGUAGGUUUGGCCCAUAACCACAAAAAGGAGUACUAGGAUUUGCUUAAUUCAGUAAAUGAUGUAUUUGGAAAGCUAAAUUUGAUAGCUGGUUUUUCUAAUCAUGGAGACAUUUGUUUUGCUAGUGAUUAGAUAUUUAAUCCUGUUAACAUCGAUCUUACUUUGAAAACAUUUACAUAUAAUUCUCUUAGCUAGUAUCAGCUUAAAAAUAAUCCUAUUUUUAACUUCUAACAACAAUAUUAAGUUGAUGAAUUCAGCUUUAGAACUUCAUUUAAUAAAGAAAAGAGAAAUGGUCAAGAAGUGUUAAUCCCAGAAUAUAACAACUUUUAGAUGAUUAUAAAUGGGCAAUUCUUUAGAAAGAUAGAUUCAUCUACUAACUUGAACAUCUUAAAUAUUGUUUUCUUGUAAAGUAAGUUGACUACAUUCUAUUUUGGUCAGAUCAGUAUUAAUAGUUACAGCUCUUAAAUUCACUUUUAGCAUGACAUAGAUGACCGUGAGCACGAUACUAUUAGUAUUCUUACUGAAUUACCUGCUGACUCUAUCACAUUCUAAAGAUAAGCCUUUAAAAUGUUUAGUCAAGAUAACCUUUAAAAGAUUGUUCAAGGCAUGUAGUUAGACCGUGGAGUACAGAACAUUGAAAAUGUUAAAAUCUCUUAGAUGUUAGUUACACUUAACUUGAAAGCCAAUUCCUAUCAAAUAAUUAUGAAUUAUGACGAAAUUGUUGAUUUCUCUCUAAGCUUAAAUUUGGACUUAAAAGGAUGCUUUGGAUGGAUUAUGAUUCAAAAAGAUUCUGCUAAUAAUUAAUUCUACCUUGAGUCAAAUAGUUUAAUUUGCUAAGUUGAGCAGUUCCCUGCUUAUUGCAGACUUAACAUUAAAAAAACAAAUACAAAUACAUUAUAUUUCCUAAGGUUUGCUGAUGACGAGUAUCCUUUAAAGUAAGUAGAUCAAGAAAUAUUUUAUAAGAUCAAUGAUUCUUCUUUGAAUGCAAAUAAAUUUGAAGAAAGUUUGUAAGGUCUCAUAGACUUUAAUAGGACUUAUCUUCACUAAUUAAAUAUUUAACUCUUUUUCGAGCCUAAAAUUGUUUAUGAAGCUCAAGCAAAAGUUGGAGGAAAAGAUUUUAAAACAAUUGGAGAAUUCAAAGCUAAAUUGACUCGUAUUAAUGGAAGAAUAAAUACCUUUGCUUCAUUUACUUUUGGAGCUGAAAACGUGAAUAGUUUGUUCAAAAUUGAAAAAUCUGAUUUAGUUUCCACAGUCCCUAAAUCUUUAUAUGUUUUCUAUUCAGAAUAAGACAUAAAUGUCAAAGACUUGCCAUAUCUUUCAAAAGGAGCAUUCGGACCUUUAGAUUAAUAAUAGUGGAGCUAAGGACCAUACAUCUAGUAUGUAUUUGAUUUAGAGGAUAACUGCAAUAUUGGCAAAUUCUUAAAUUACCACAAAACAGAAGUUAAAAACUUGCACUUGAAGGGUUAUUUCAAAGAUUAAUUCAUUUAGAUUUCAGGUCCGAUUGAAACUAAGGUAACUGUUGCAGCACCUAUAGUCUUAGAAAAUAUAUAUUUGAAUGUUGUUAUAAAUUUAAAUGGCCAAGAAAUCUAUUAAGGAGAUAACUUAAGUAAAGUGGAGAAUCUAUCGAAUAUUUAAUUUGGCAGACUUUAUCUCUCAGCUGAAUUUAAAUUGAAUGUCUAGGAAAAUGUUUAAAUAUAAUUCUAAAGCAUAUUAAAUUAUUUGAAUGAUGGAUAAGGUUAUCUUUUAGCAGAAUCACCAUAGCCUUGGGAUAAAGCUUUAGAUUAGGAAAAUCUAUUACUUAGUGAGAUCAUGUUCAAAGGAAAUUUGAAUGAAGAUUUAUUCAGAAUUUAAUCAUUCACGUUAAAUUCUUUAAGUAUGUUUGGUGAUAACUGCUUUGUUGAACUAGCUACUGACCCAGUUCCAAGAUUUGAUAGCAAUAAAUGCUUCUUUGGUAAUUCUCAAAUUAAAGUCAACUUUAAGGAUUACAGCUAGAAUUUGUUUGUCUCUUAUAUAAAUUAAAUUAAUCCUUAAAAUGUCCUUCAAGUUUUGAUGGGAUAUAAUUAGAUUCAAUUCGCAACUACAGUUUCAAAGGCUAUCUCAAGUAUGGAGUUCCCUAAAGGUUUAGCUGUUACUUACACAAAGUAAAGUAUUAAAGAUAAUAACGGAUUGAUACAUAUCCCUAAAGGAUUUACUUUAACUGGACACGCUCAAUUACUUGGCUUAAAAGGUCAUGUUGUACUUAAUGUAAACCAAGAUAAAUAUAUGUUAGGAAUUUUUAAAUACGAUGAGCUUACUCUAGCAGGAGGUAAUAUCGUGAUAGUUGAAACAGAAGGCACUCAAUAAAAUAAUAUCAUUUUAAGAUUGCAAAAAGACAGUCCUAAUUUAACAGAAAUAGAUUAAGUAUUUUUCAAUCCUAGAGCUUUCAUUUUUAACUUGUAAAGAAAUAUUUAAAUUUCUGUUACUAAGGAUUCUGGGUAUGUGAUUGAGGCUUUAGAUAAGUUCUUUGGCUGUGAAAACGAUAUUGCAGUUAGAUUAACUGCUCCAUUUAAUUUAGAUAUUCAAUAAAGUUUGUUUAAGCUUGUAGCCAUGUUUACUCCAUAACAUUUGAAACGUAUCAAUCAAAUGUUAAUGAGCUUAACAAAGGAGUGGAUGAACAAAACUCAAUAAUUAUUUAUAGAUUUGGCUUAAAGAGUAUCAGAAGUUUAAAAGGAUUUGAUUAAUUUAAAUAGAAUGCUCUGUGAUAAAGAAACUUGCCCAUAUCAUCAAUAAUGUAUAGGAAAUCCUCGUAGUGAAUGUGUAAAAUAUCACUAAAAGUAAGUAUGUGUUACUGAGUCUGUUAUUUGCCUAGAAGAAAAGAUAGUAUGCAGUCUAGAAUAGUAAAUAUGUUCUGAAACAGCUAUUACCUGCACCUAGUUCAGUGCUACUGAUCCAACAAUUUGUGAAAAUUAUUAGGAGAGCUGCGUUUAACAAAUAACAAAGUGUAAUUAAUACACUUCUAUAUGUGUAUCAGAAGAAAUCAAAGUAUGCACAAAGAACUAAUAUGUGGAUGACGCAGAGAGAUGUAUUGAAAGAUAAAUGGUUUGCGAUGUAGAGCAAGUCAAAGAUACAAAUUGUUAGGAAGAAUGUGAAAGAAAGAAAGAAGAAUUCGAAUUAAAGUCAGUCAUAUUUGAAAAGUUCACAAACGCCUUAAACAAUUUCUAAAGAAGAAACUCAAAAUUCAGCGAAAUGGUCAAUUAUUCUCUCGACAACGAGGAUUCUUUCGUUAGUAUAAUAGAAGGAAAAUUCGAGUAAGAGUUAACUCAAUUUGUUAGUGAGUAAAGUCUUUCAGUAAAUUUCAAUGUAAAGAGUUUCACAAUAGUGGAAAAAGUUGGAUAAGAUAUCUAAACUUAUGUUAUAGACAGAUAUGAUUUUACCAAUGAAGAGUUGAUGAUUCGCAAUCUCUUUAAAUAGAUGUAAUUAUACUGGGCUAGUAAACAUUCAAUUGAUGAUAUAUUGAUUGCACCAGACUCAAAUAUUUAACUACAUAACAUUCUAAAUAAAAUUAAUAAACUUGCUCAAAGCGAUGCUGAAAGCGAAGAAAUGAUUGAACUUCUAUAAUUAGGGGCAAAUAAGAAAAACAAUUUUAGCAAAGCUGAGAAAAAGAAUAAUUGA